AUGGAGCUCCCCCUGGCCCAGAUAAGCCCCCAAGGAGGUUACAAACCCCCCACUUCGACCUUCACCACCUUCCAGCCCUCAGACUUGACUCGAAAAAGCUGCCAGGGUUUGCUUAAGGAGACCAGACCCCAGGCCCCGCGGGCUGAAGAGGCCCAGGCAUCUCCCCAGGCCCCGGGGGCCGCCUCCAGUCCAGGGGAUGCGGGAAAGGCCGAGGAGGUGCCUCAGGAAGGAGGCCAGUCCCUGCAGGCCGAGACCCGGGCGUGGUUCCAGAAGACCCAGGCCCAGGGGCUCCUGCAGCACGGGGCCGCCCCGCCUUGGUUCCACGGCUUCAUCACUCGGAGAGAGGCCGAGAGGCUGCUGGAGGCCGAGCCGCAGGGGCGCUACCUGGUGCGCUUCAGCGAGAGCGCCGUGGCCUUCGUGCUGACCUACAGGAGCCGGACCUGCUGCCGCCACUUCCUGCUGGCCCAGCUCCGGGACGGCCGCCACGUGGUGUUGGGCGAGGACAGCGCCCACGCGCGGCUGCAGGACCUGCUGCGCCACUACUCGGGGUCCCCGCUCAGCCCCUACGGGGAGAUGCUCAGCCAGCCCCUGGCCCGCCAGACCCCAGAGCCAACAGGACUGUCCCUAAGGACUGAAGAAUCAGAUGCUGGGAGCAAAAGCCAGGACCCACCCCCCCAGUACAGCCCUGUCUUCAAAAAGGAGAAGCCCAGAGCUCUCCCCCAGAAAGAGGGGGGCAGCGAGCAGAAGGAGCUCUCCCAGCCACCACCAAGGCCCAAGCCUCCUGUCCCCACCAAGCCUCUGCUGUCCCCCGAAGCCUACACAAGCCCAGCGCCACGACCCUGCCGGGCCCUGCCCUCCACGCCCUCCAACCCCAUCUACCAGGAGCUCGAUGAGCCCAUAGCCUUCUACGCCAUGGGCCGGGGCAGCCCCGGGGAAGCCCCCAGCAACAUCUACGCCGAGGUGGAGGUGGAGGUGGGGGUGCCGUCACGGGGUGAGGGCCCACCGUGCAUCCUCCAGCACUCGGUCCUUCGGAAGUGCCGGUCCAGGCCUGUCCCAGGAAGCCAGCAUCCCGGUGGCCAGCAGCUGCAUUCUGAGAACUCUGCGGCUGGACAAGGCCCUCCUGUGCCCCGCCACCCCCCGCCUCCGUGGGGACACAGCCUCCCUCACAACCUACACAGGAGAUCCAGGACAGAGGAAAGGCGUGGCUCUCCCUAG